AUGGCUCAAUUCUAUGCCCUUUCUGCUACUGAUGAUAAGCAUCAAUGGAUGGAGGGUUCACAAGAGAACAGCAAAAUCGCAGUCCUAAAACAUCAAGGAGAAUUUGUAAAUAAACUCAAGAAGAAAGCAAACUCAAAGAUGUCAUCUUAUUCCUCUGCUCAUGACCUGAGGAACUUCGCUAUGGAAAAGGAGAUACAAGAUGUUUCAUCUCCAAGAGGAGUGAUAGAAGCCUGCUUGAACGGAUGGGAACCUGAUUCCGAAGCCAGCAAUCAGGAGUUGCAAGUAUCUAAACAAGCACACUCAAAGACACAUUCUCACUGGAGAAAAUUCUUCAAGGUGUGGAAGUUGAGACCGGUUAAGCGUCUAACCGCAUUAGCCCAUCCGACUAUGCCGAAAGCUCCAAGGAGGAGCAGGAGCGUGAGGGAGAAUCCCGUGCUAAGGGACCUGUACAAUUUUAAGUCUUCACUCAGGAACUUUACAUAUCCUGAACUCAAAGCUGCAACUAACCAUUUCAGCAAAGAUAACUUAAUUGGGAAGGGUGGAUUUGCUGAGGUUUACAAGGGUCGUUUGGCGGAUGGAAAUCUGGUAGCAAUCAAGCGCCUAACCAAAGGUACAAAUGAGGAAAAGACAACAGGGUUCCUGUCUGAGAUUGGCAUUCUAGCUCAUGUGGAUCACCCCAACACCGCUAAGUUACUCGGUUGUGGCGUUGAAGGAGGGAUGCAUCUCGUCUUUGAGUUGUCUCUUUUGGGGAGUUUAAGAACAGUUCUUCAUGAAUCAGAAGUCAAGCCUGAGUGGAGUAAGAGAUAUAAAAUUGCUCUGGGAACAUCAGAUGGCAUAUUGUAUCUUCAUGAGACUUGCCGGAAGAGAAUCAUUCAUAGAGAUAUAAAGGUUGACAAUAUCCUUCUUACUGAGGAUUUUGAGCCACAGAUAUGUGAUUUUGGGCUAGCGAAGUGGCUACCAAAGCAGUUGUCUCACCAUAAUGUGUCAAAGUUUGAAGGAACAUUUGGAUACUUUGCCCCUGAAUAUUUCAUGCACGGCAUAGUCGAUGAGAAGACAGAUGUUUAUGCCUUCGGGGUCAUACUCUUGGAGCUCAUAACUGGCCGAAGAGCUGUUGAUGAUGCACAGCAUAGCCUAGUGAUUUGGGCAAAGCCAUUGCUAGACAACAAUGAUCUCGCGGAACUUGUCGACCCUUCUCUUGGUAAACACUACGACUCAGAGGAGAUGGAUCGCUUGGUUUUGACAGCCUCUUUGUGCAUUGAGAAUUCACCCAUCCUCCGUCCUCGUAUGAGUCAGGUAGCCAUACUGCUGAGAGGCGACGAGUACGCAUUGGAAUGUGCUAAGCAAGAUCAUAAGCGAGCCCUCCAUAGGACAUACUCUAACGAGCUGUUGGAUGCGCAAGAGUACAACUCUACCAAGUACUUGAGCAUCAGGGAUAUCAAUCGACUCAAAGAGAUUGCUUUUAGUCCUUGA